UGGACACACAUUCCUUUGAUAAGGUUGUGAUAGCGGCAUAUAUCGAUUUCCUUAUCACACUCUUUCCCAGUUAAGUUGAACAAUUUGUCGAUUUGGCCAGUUUUUCGAUAGCUCUCACCAAGAACAGGUGAAGGAAAAUUUUGUAUCUUUGCAACUUGCAUAAAACGCAGUGAAAAAGCUCAUUAAAUCUCUACAGAGCCUCUGAUGUUGCGAUAAUGUCUCGUAUAGACCAACAAGGUGAUUGGGUGUGGAUUAAGCCCCCAUCCAAUGGAGAGUUCGAUAUUCCGACUGGAUGUAAAAUUGUGAGAACUGAUCGAGGGCGGACACUUGUCUGCGAUGACAAUGAUCACGAAUAUUGGAUACCUUCGGAUCAGGUGCUCAAGGGAAUGCACUUGACAUCCCAGAGGGGUGUUGAGGACAUGAUAACCCUUGGAGAUCUUCAUGAACAUGCUAUAUUGAGGAAUUUGCAUCUUCGAUAUAAGAAACGGGAAAUCUACACCUACAUUGGAAGUAUGCUCGUUGCCAUUAAUCCCUACGAAAUCCUUCCUAUCUACACCAAAACCCAAGUAACACAGUACCAAGGGAAGAAGAUCGGGGAUGUUCCACCGCAUAUUUUUGCCAUUGGAGACAAUGCCUAUCAGGACUUGAAGAGAGAGCAGAAGGAUCAGUGUAUUGUAAUUAGUGGAGAAUCGGGAGCAGGCAAGACAGAGAGCACAAAAUUGAUCCUUCAGUAUUUAGCAGCAAUCAGUGGGAAGCAUUCGUGGAUUGAGCAGCAGAUUAUUGAUGCUAAUCCCAUCUUAGAAGCAUUUGGCAAUGCCAAGACAGUAAGAAACGACAAUUCAUCUCGUUUUGGCAAGUACAUCGAUAUCCAUUUCGAUGGGAAUGGAACGAUCAGUGGAGCAAAGAUAGAGCAAUAUCUCUUGGAGAAAUCACGCAUUGUCCAUCAGAACAAAGGAGAAAGGAACUACCACAUCUUCUAUGCUAUGCUGGCUGGAAUGAGUCGAGAGGAGAAGAAGAAGCUAGAAUUGGAGGAUGCUCCCAAGUAUCAGUAUUUAACAGGAGGUCAAACGCUCACCUGCGAUGGUCGCAAUGAUGCAAGUGAAUUUGUGGAUAUAAAAGCAGCAAUGAAAGUUCUUUCAUUCUCUGACGACGAUAUUUGGAAUAUACUUCGUCUCCUUGGUGCAAUUUUGCACCUGGGAAAUUUAAAAUAUAAAGGUGUCGUGGUACAGAAUUUAGACACAACUGAAGUUAAUGAUCCUGUGAAUUCAGCAAGAGUAGCAACACUUCUUGGUGUUCAGAAGAGCCUCUUGAUUGAUUCACUAACCAGGAAAACAAUAACGGCUCAGGGGGAGAAAGUUGUGUCAUCGCUGUCCAAGGAAGCUGCUCACAAUGCUCGAGAUGCCUUUGUGAAGGCAAUCUAUGGGCGAAUAUUCGUGAGGAUUGUUGAUCAAAUCAACAAGACACUGUACAAGGCACAAAUGAAACAGAGGAUAUCGAUUGGGGUGCUCGAUAUCUUCGGUUUUGAGAACUUCGAUGUGAACAGCUUUGAGCAAUUGUGCAUCAAUUAUGCCAAUGAAAAUUUGCAGCAGUUCUUUGUGAAGCACAUCUUCAAGAUGGAACAAGAAGAUUACACUCGGGAGGGUAUCAACUGGCAGCACAUUGAAUUUGUGGACAAUCAGGAAAUCUUGGAUAUGAUUGGAAUGAAACCAAUGAAUCUGAUGUCAUUGAUCGAUGAAGAAUCGAAAUUUCCAAAGGGUACUGAUAUGACAAUGUUGGCUAAAUUGCAAUCAACCCACGACAGCAAAACCAUCUACCUCAAGUCCAAGUAUGACCAAUCGAAAGCUUUUGGUAUUCAACAUUUUGCCGGAGCUGUUUACUACAGUGUUCCAGGCUUUUUGGAAAAGAAUCGCGAUUCAUUCAGUGCUGACUUGAGGGAGAUGAUCGACAAGUCUUCCAAUCAGUUCCUCUGUGAUCUGUUCAAUCAGGAAAAUGGGAUUGUGGACAUGAAUAGACGUCACAUGACCCUUUCAUCUCAAUUCAGAACAUCGUUGGAUGCACUAAUGCGGACACUCGGAGUUUGCCAACCCUCAUUUGUCCGAUGUAUCAAGCCCAAUGAGCUCAAGAAGUCCAAUCUCUUCGACAGAGAUCUCUGUGUAAGGCAAUUGCGGUACUCUGGAAUGAUGGAGACAGCAAGGAUCCGAAGGGCAGGUUACCCUAUAAGGCAUACGUACAAAGAAUUUGUUGAAAGAUAUCGAAUCCUGGGAGUUGGAAUUCCACCAGCUCAUAAGACAGAUUGUCGUGUGGCUUCGAAGAAGAUCUGCGAGAGAAUUCUAAAUAACGUCGGAGAGGACUAUCAGUUUGGUCACACAAAGAUCUUCCUCAAAGAUUCUCACGAUCUUCUAUUGGAGGAGAAGCGAACAACCGUCUAUCUCAGGAGCGUCUUAAUCAUUCAACGCGGAUUCCGUCGAGUAUUAUUCAGGCGCUUUAUCAGGCGUUACCGUGAGGCAGCCAUUACAGUACAAAAGCACUGGAGAGCCCGUGGGCACCGAGCGAGAUUCUUGGCCAUGCAGAGGGGCUUCAAGCGACUUCAGGCUGUUAUUCUGUCGCGUCAGAUGGUGCAUGAAUUCUCAAGAAAUCGUCAAAUUAUCGUGAGACUUCAAGCUCAGUGCCGUGGCUUCCUAACCAGGCGAAAUAUUCGCGGAAAAUUCACCGAAAAGGCCAAACGUAUGCAAGACUUAAUGAUGCUGAGGAAGCAAGAAGAGCUUCAAUUCCGCAAACUUGGCCAAGCUCAGUGGCAUGAAUUGGCAGAGAUAAACUACAGAAAUCGCGUGGCGGAAUUGUCAAAGGAACUGGCUCUGGACAAGGAAGCCCCAACUAAGCAUCCACAGCACUCCUAUCGCGAUGAGGACAAUCAAGUGGUGGAUGCAGUCUUUGACUUCCUGCCGGAAACCAGCCCAGAGCCCCAGCCAAAGCAUCCUACGGCAUUUGGUGAAUCUGAGGAAUCAAUUGCAUUGCCCAAAACCACAGAGAAACGUGAAGAUCUAUCGCACUUCAGUUUCCAGAAAUUUGCUGCAACAUAUUUUGUGAACAAUGUUACAUCCCAGUACAGCAAGCGUCAGCUCCGUUCGUCCCUCUUGGACCUACCCCUGCCCACGGAUGAAAUAUCAGCACAGGCUAUUUGGAUAACAAUUUUGCGUUUUAUGGGUGACAUGGCUGAGGCCAAGUACGAUGAUGAGGAAGAACGACAUGUCCCUGUAAUGGCUAAACUUCAUACGACCCUCAGCAAGAGUUUCAUAAAGACGCGCGAAUACCGCGAAAUGAUGAGUGAUCUGUCUGAAGGACAGCGACAGAAACUAAUCAACAAGACCCUAAAGGGUAAGUCGAAGAUGCCACCGGAAAUGAGGAGAAUGGUUGAGAAUAGUGAGGAAAUGACCGUGUAUCAGGAAUGGCUAAGUAAUCGAAGCAGCAACCUGGACAAAUUGCAUUUUAUCAUUGGUCAUGGAAUCCUCAGGCCAAUACUCCGAGAUGAGAUCUUCUGCCAGAUCUGCAAGCAACUGACCAACAAUCCUCAUCAUACAUCCCAUGCCAAAGGGUGGAUUCUAUUGAGUUUGUGCGUGGGAUGCUUCCCACCUUCAGAGAAGUUCGAGAUUUACCUGAGGGCUUUCAUUAGAGAUGGACCUGAACUAUUUGCCCCAUAUUGCGAGGAGAGACUAAACAGAACUCUCAAGAACGGAGCCAGAAGUCAACCAUCUUCCUUGCUGGAACUUCACGCCACUAAGAAUAAGGCUCCUAUCCAUCUCAAUGUGACCUUAAUGGAUGGUACCUCUCGCCGUGUUGAAGUGGAUUCAGCUUCAACAGCCCAGGAAGUCUGUCAACAGCUAUCAUUGAAUUUGGGCCUUAAGGACAUUUUCGGUUUCUCGAUCUUUGUGACCCUCUACGACAAAGUCAUGUCUCUGGGAUCUGGGAAGGAGCAUAUAAUGGAUGCCAUAUCAAACUGCGAGCAGUACAUGAAGGAACAAGGUGGUAGUGAGCGAAGCGCUCCAUGGAGGAUCUUCUUGCGGAAGGAAAUCUUCACGCCCUGGCACAAUCCUGGCGAGGAUGUCAUUGCGACAGAACUAAUUUACAAGCAAGUAUGUCGAGGUGUGAGCUUUGGGGAAUUGCGCUGCAAGACUGAAAAGGAGAUUGCAAUGCUAGCGGCUCUGCAGUACUACAUUGAAAAUGGAAGUGACCUAAACAGCGGAAAGUUGCGAGAGAUGAUUCCGAGUAUCUUGCCAAAGGAUCUUGUGAAUGAGAAAAACAUUUCCAAAUGGGAGUCAUCGAUUGCGAGUGCCUUCAAGCAUAGCAAUCGCAUCAGGGAACGAGCUGCACCUGGAGAUGUUAAGGAGGACUUGGUCAUCUUUGCCCUGGUAAACUUUACCAUGAUGUUCUCACAAUUCUACGAAGGUGUCCUGGUGGAGGGAGCCAAUAUACCUGAGAAAAAUCUUGUUAUUGCUAUCAAUUCUUCGGGAAUGUUCUUCCUUGACGAUCAGGAGCAAGUUCUCGUGGAGCUAUCCUUCCCUGAAAUACUCUCUGUGUCCAGGGAGUCUGCAGAAGAUGCAAUUGAUGAGCUUGUAAUUUCGACCAUUCAGAAAGUGGAUUUCGUAUUCAAAUGCUACGAAGCUUCCACAAUUGUUAGCCUUAUGGAAUUCCUAAUGCAAGGACUUAAAGAGAGGUCAUCUUAUGUGAUCGCCGUGCAGAGCUACACCCAUCCUGAUGAUUCUGGGGAUACGUACUUGAGGCUUCUCAAGGGUGACCUUAUCAAAUUGGGCCUUGGAUACAGUGGACAGAGUAUUCUCAGUGGAGAGAUCACCUGGGCCUAUGGGGAAUGCAAUAAGAAGACAGGAGAGUUCCCAACAGAGGCUGUCUACGUUCUGCCCUGCCUGGAACCACCAUCGCCGGAAGUUGUGGAAGUUUUCAGAACAAGUGGAAUUGUUAGAGGAAAGGCUCAUCGUGCUCCUCAAUAUAACACAAUGCAGAGGAUUAAGAUGCACACAUUGAAGAAGUUUGCAGCAGAGAACUUCAGAUCGAAUGUUGUAUCAACGAGUUCAUCGAAUGUUAUUACAUCUGUGCGUCGCAAUGCAUCAGAAGAUUUAUGGAGGCAUACCAGAGAUCCAAUUAAGGCACCGCUCUUGGCCAAAUUGCAGAAAGAUCAGGCACGAUUUGACCAGGCAGUGCAUAUUUUCACUGCCAUUCUUCGUUACAUGGGAGACUUACCUAAGGGCCGUGGCCCAAUUGAUACAGACACGAUAUUUGCUCCUGCUAUCAAGGAUGAGAACCUGAGAGAUGAAGUCUUCUGCCAGAUAAUGAGACAACUCACGGAUAAUCGUAUUCAGAUAAGCGAGGAGAGAGGAUGGGAUCUUAUGUGGCUGGCAACGGGUGUAAUGGUGCCAAGUCCACUGGUUCUGAAGGAAUUGACGGAGUUUUUGAGAACGCGAUCUCAUCCACUGUCCAGUGAAUGUCUGACACGGAUUCAAAAGAUCACCAAGAGCGGUCCACGGCAGUAUCCGCCGUACAUAAUUGAAGUGGAGGCUAUUCGAUGCAGAAGUAUGCAAAUAUUCCACAAAGUCUACUUCCCUGACGACACAGACGAGGCCUUUGAGAUAGAAUCUAGCACAAAGGCCAAGGAUGUCUGUCAGACAAUUGCCAAGAGAUUGGAUAUGCAAUCCAAUGACGGAUUUAGUUUGUUUGUAAAGAUCUUGGAUAAGGCAUUUUCAGUGCCUGAGGAGUACUUUAUCUUUGAUUUCAUUUACGAACUUGUGGAAUGGACAAAAGCAACCCUUACUCGUUCCGGAGACAGCCAAAUACUUUGUCAGUAUCAGCUGUUCUUCAUGAAGAAGCUCUGGAUCAAUAUGAAUCAGAUCGAUCCGAUUGCCGAUCAAAUCUUCUACUUCCCGCAGGAAGUUCCCAAAUUCCUCAAUGGCUACUACAAAGUGUCUAAGAAUGAGGCUACAAAGAUUGCAGCUCUCAUCUACCGUGGUUACUACGGAGAAGAUGCUACGGGCUUCCAGCAUGGCUUUGCUGAUCUUCUGCCCCAAUUGGUCCCGGAAGACCUAAUCGGACUCCACAAACCCGAUGACUGGAAGAAAAUGAUUCUAAAUGUGUACAAUGGACACAAGGGAUUGGACGAACCGACAGCCAGGGACGAAGUUCUGCGAAUCAUUAAGCAAUUCCCAACAUUCGGUUCAACAUUCUUCGUGGUGAAACAAUCAACAGACGCUAAUUUGGCAAAUACUCUCCUCAUUGCAAUCAAUCGCCGGGGCUUCCACAUAAUCGAUCCAAGAACCAAGGACAUUAUUCAGAGUUAUAAUUUCUCAGAGUUGAAUUACUGGAGCUCAGGAAACACCUACUUCCACAUUCGCUUUGGAAAUAUGAUGGGUGCCUCCAAACUUCUUUGUGAAACAUCCCAAGGCUACAAAAUGGACGAUCUACUGUCUUCAUAUAUAAAAUAUCUUAAAUCUGCAUCAACACAUUGAGCAGUACAGUACUAUGUUUCUUUAUAGAAAAGAUAUAUAUAAAUACAUUUGAAAAAAAUAUGCAUGUAUGCAAAAAACCCUUUCAUUUUGUUAUCAUUUGCAAAUGGAAAUCAUGUAAUAAAAUAACAAAAAAAUAUAUCCUAAUAAAAAUAUUAUAAAAA